AUGACGCUGACCCUCAACGUGGCGACCGUCCUCCCGCUAUCCCCGGGAAUCUCAGGAGAGUUGUUGUCAGUCGCAGGCGGUGCUGUGGGCGCCGUGCUGGAGGCGGUGUCUCAGCCCAUCUGCUCCCUCAUUCUCCUCACAGAUGGCACCACCUCACCCUCCACCAUCCUCAAGGAGGAGAGUGUAGUACGAGGGAGCCCCUGGGGUGUGGGGGUGUUCGAGGUGGUGGUGGACGGCCAGGACGCUAACGGGACCCUGAUGCUGCUAUCCCACCUGUUCCACCAGGCUCGACAGAUGAGGAUGGAGUCUUGGUGUGUGCGGGUGGUGGUGGUGAGUCACGAUCCGGUCUUCCUCGCCACCUUCGCCGAGUGGUCCCUCAAGGGCCGCCUCCUGGUGUGGGCCACCAAGCUGCUGGUGGUCACCAGCCUCCCACUCCCACAGCUCCACGCCCUCCUGUCCUCCCACUGGACCUUCUCCAUGAUGAACACCAUCUUGCUCAACCUGGAGGACACACCACCCAACCUCAGGGUCAGUGUGUACACCCACUUGCCAUACUCCCCAGAGGGCGCUCAGGUGGUGAGAGUUGCUUCCUGGACACCAAAACGCGGCCUCUUUAUUGUCUCCAAAGUUCCGCUAUUCCAUGAGAAGUUCUCUAACUUCUACAGUGCCAAGGUGAACGUGACCGCCGAGCCCUUCCCUCCAUUCUGGGACGAGGUGAAGGGACCUGACAACACUACACAGUACUCCGGCACUGACUACAUGACCCUGGCGACCAUUGCUGACGCUCGUAACUUCACUAUCCACGCCCUGCCUACCGACAACUGGGCAGAGGCCAUGCUAAUAGAAUACACCAUGCCUCACUAA